AUGGUGGGGCCAGAAAACUCAGAGAAACCUACCAUUCUUAUAAGGGGGUGGUUGUGGUUUAGAGAUAUUCCAUCUAAGCCACUAGCUAAACUACGUGGAGUAGCUAGGCAAGCAAUAGAGCUAGCAAAGGACGAUCCAAGAAGAUUGAUCCAUUCCCUCAAGGUCGGACUUACAGUAACAUUAGUAUCACUGUUGUACUACCUCCAGCCUCUGUACAACAACCUUGGUGCCUCUGCAAUGUGGGCUGUCAUGACCGUGGUGGUUGUCUUUGAAUUCUCAGUAGGUGGAACAAUUGGAAAAUGCCUGAACAGAGGAUUAGCAACCUUAGCAGCUGCUGCCCUUGCUCUUGGAGCUAAUCACUUGGCCAUCUUGAGUGGGGGGGAAAACGAACCAUAUGUGAUUGGACUAUUUGUAUUCAUACAAGCUGUAGCCAUGAGUUUCGUACGAUUCUUCCCCAAAGUGAAGGCCAGAUAUGACUAUGGGAUGCUUAUAUUCAUUUUGACAUUUAGCCUGGUUUCCAUAUCUGGUCUUCGAAUUAAUGAAGUAAUAAAGUUGGCUCAAGCGAGGUUUGUAACCAUAGUCAUUGGUGCAUCAACUUGCCUGGCUGUCUGCAUCCUCAUCUACCCUGUGUGGGCCGGUGAAGAUCUUCACAAAUAUGUGGGUAAAAACAUAAGCCAACUUGGAAAUUUCUUGGAAGAGCACAUGGAUCAGUGUUUCAAAAGAUCGUCUGAUGCACGGAUAGAGAUAACAAAACCAUCUAUAAGCAACCUAAACAGUAUCCUUGUUGAUUCAAAAGGGAGGGAAGAAACAUUGGCCAAUCUAGCCGGAUGGGAGCCGGGGCAUGGUCAGUUCAUGUUUCGUCACCCAUGGAAACAAUACCUCAAAAUAGGAAACUUGACAAGGCAGUGUGCCUGCCGACUUGAACCAAUCAAUGACUACUUAAACUCCAACAUUCAAGCACCGCAAGAGAUCCAAUGCAAAAUCCAAGAGGCCUUUUCAGAAUCUGGAAAGACAUUAAAAGAGCUAGCAUGGGCAAUAGAAACAAUGACGAAGCCAUCAUCAGCUAAUCCACACAUCGAAAACCUAAAAACGGCGUCGGAAAAUCUAAAAAUUCUACUGCGAUCGGGUAUUAAGGGAGAUGAAAGCGAUAUUCUGCAAAUAAUACCUAUUGCCGUGGUGAUGACCGAUAUGGUAUCUAGCGUGGAACAGAUUGGUGAUGCGGUAAACGAGCUCAGUUUGAUGGCGAAAUUCAAGAGCAAAACUGGAAAUGGAGUUGAAGGUGAGUCGGAGAUCGGUCACGACAAGAACUGUAUAGAGAUUGGAAUGGCGGAAAUUCCGAGCUUAAGUGUUGCGAUUGAUGAACGAACUGAAUUUUCUGCUGAUGAACAGAUUCUGAUUUGAUGGUAUUUUAAAAGAUAGUAAUACAAUUUUUUUACCGUUGUAUUGUCGAAAAUGAUCAAAUAAAGUAUAAUUGAUGAGAAUUUUCUUA